AUGUCUCUCGGUCCGGUUCCUAGGCGAAGGUCGGAAUCCACGAGAUCAACCGCCUCGAAGAACUCGCUCUCCGCGAGGCCCACACCACCGCCGACGACCCUCACACCUGAAAAUGGAGAGCAAGAGUUUGAGGCGUGUGCAGCCACGGCUUCUUACAUGCUAUACGCACAGCGGAACCAGAUCCUUGUCCUCCACCACGAUACCCUCUCGAUCGAGCGGCGAUUCGAGAAACACCGCGAAGAUGUGCUAUGGAUAGCUGUUGACAAUAUCAGUGAUCGAGGCUCGGGUCGGCUGGCUGUGAGCUUCGACAUUGGCAAGACCGCAAUUGUAUGGGAUAUCCUCAGCGGUGGAGAAGUGGCUCGCUUUUCCGCCUACGAGCACAUGCGCGCGGCCGCUUUCAUGCGCAAUGGCAAUAUUGCUUUCGCCAACGACCAGGGCAACAUCAUCCUCUUCGAGCCAUCCACAUCCGAGCAUGUCUCGGCACGAACGAUCUUCGAUCCGAUCACAGCAAUAGCACCGGCUUCCGACUGCAGAACCUUUGCCAUAGGCUACCUCAAUGGCUCAAUACUAAUCGCAACAUUGCAACCCUCAUUCACAAUCCUCCAUACGCUAAACACAAAUCGAUCACCAUCUCGCAUCACUGAUUUGGCAUGGCACGGCUCUUCUUCGAAACAAAAGACGGACAUGUUGGCAACGCAAACCUCGGAUGGCGAUCUCCGGGUAUGGAGCGUGCCCAAAGUACCUCACACGGAGGUACCCAACAUCAUCCGAGUGUUGCAGCGACCAGAAGUACAGAAUACUGGUCGGCCCUGUUGGUUUGCGUGGUCAAAGAACGGUCGCAUUGUACAGCAUGCUGAUGGUGAAACUCGAUCCUGGGACGUUCGGACGAAAAAGGUCACCUACGAAAUGAUCCCGACCGUGGAUGGCGUGGUGGGAAUUGCAGGUUUUGGACCAACUGCGACACUGUUCGCUCUCGGUCGAAAUCACACGGUCUACCAGUACGACAUCACUCCGGGCAAUCAGCCCGCGCAGGUUGCCAAUGCUCAACACGCGCCGGCGAACACUCCUCCCACUCCACCUACCAUGCUCGAGGAGCGCAAGAACCCCUACGUAGAGCACACGAACCAACCCUCAUAUGAUCAAGUCCCACUGGCAUACACGGAUACGGAAAGUAGCGCCGACGAAAGUGGAGCACUUUCUCCUUUGCAGAAGAUCGCACAAGAAAUGGACUCACUCGAUGCUCUCGAAUCGGAACUUCGCGAUAAAGUGAUGCCCCUGAGUCCACUUUCGAGCAGGGCGUCCUCUGUCAGUUCCAAAAGUUCUGGCCGACGCACGGGACGAAAGUACUUGUACGAUCGACCCGACUCUUCACGAGCCUCGACAAGCACAGGGUAUGAUGGGACUGAAUUUUCAUUCGGCGCGCCAUCGAGGACGGGCCAUGAAAGUAUGUCAAUACGAUCCGUCUCAUCGAUGGGAGGCUUGUCACAAUCUCAAUCGCAGGCUCGCCAUUCACGACAGAGCUCGAAUCUUCGCAAAGAGGUGCUGCGUAGUCCACAGGAGUCUCAAGAAACGGCAUCGAUGGAACUUUUCCCAACGAUCAAAGCUCGACUAGCCAACGUGGCUUUCCGAACACCACAUUACGGACAGUCGGCCCGGACUCCUGAGCUAUUGCAACGCGAGAUGCUGAGCACCGUCUUCGGGUGGAAUGACGACGUUCGAAGUCUGCUGAGGGACGAACUCGCCCGCCACCGUCCUGGCUCUGCGAGCGCUGUCCUCCUUGCCAAGUGGCUCGGCGACAUGGGAGCGGACAGCAUGGCCUCCAUGGUUGGCUCGGAAUCUAUGACCUCUUCCGACUGGAUGCUCCUUGCUUUGAGCUCAAUCGGUGCAGAGUCGCAAAAGAAAGUGGGAGAAGCCUUCGUGCAGCGUUUGCUUGAGAAAGGUGACAUUCAUCCAGCAGUCGCCAUCCUUCUGGGACUUGGAGAAAACAACGAUGCCAUCGAGAUCUACGUCUCUCAAAAGUACUGGGUGGAAGCUGUGCUUCUGACCUGCCUAACGUACCCUUCGGACUGGCAACGGAUAUCAUACUUGAUCCGGAAAUGGGGAGAAGCCGCGGUGGGACAAGGACAGGCAGAACUGGCCGUGAGAUGCUUCUCGUGCACCAGCAUUGAGACCUCUGAGCCUUGGUUUUCCCCACGAGCACAGGAUGCUGUCUACGCAGCACAACAAGAGCGUCUCACGCAGCCAACAAGCGCCGGCGGGAUGUCUAGUCCGCCACUAUCACCGCCAUCUCGCUCUGGAUCAGGACGACUUACAGCUAUGAAUGCAUCUCUCAAGCUCAUUACUACGUUUGGAGACAGAGGGGCGCCAGUAUCUGGUGACGAUCCAGCCACAACCAAAGCAGUCGCCACUGCCGUUGGCUUCACGCCGAUCGCACAGUCAGCGCUCUCACCGGGAGGUGUCCAGCCUUGGAAGACUGGCAACCAGGCUCGUGAGCCAUCUACGGCACGGACUGCCACUCCCGGUGGCUUCACCAGAAGAAAACGGCUUCCGUCGCGCGGUGAUAUAGAACGAGCAAAGCAAGAAGCCAAAGAGAUGGCCACCCCGCUCACUGCCGCUCGCGAUCAACCACCAAGAGCUCCAAGUCGAUCGAGUCGUGCGCCGUCCGUCAGCAGCAGCGUCCCGGAGCCUGCAACAGCGGUGCGGCCGAGCGUGUUCGAUGCCGCAAGGCUCGGACAAUUGAUCCAAGACGAGGAUCACCUACCAUCCCCGGCUCAAGGUGUCUUUGCAAGGCUGAGAGAAGAAUCUGGCAAGCGGAGCGAUUCCCAUGGACGAAAGCCGGAAGGUCUCGCAGUUGAGAUUGUGCAGACGUCGUACGGCAAUGCACUUUCUCCUGGUCCCAGUACGAACGCAAGUGGUAUGAGCGACAACCUUGGCACCGGUCGUAGCGGAGCUUUCAGUCCGGGGCCUCUUACUGGAGGUAGCAUGAGGAGUAACAAGGGCAAAGCCAUAGACGCGUACAUCAACAGCGUCGAAGAGGCUCGCAAUGCCGCCCGGCAAGAGCGCGCGAAGAGUCGGUCACGGGCCGGGAGCAGAUCUCGCAACACCAGCCGCAGGCGUGCAGAGAGUCGCGCCAGCAGCCGCAUGCGCGACCCGUCGGAGUCUCGUGGCAGGAAUGUUACUUACAUUAAGCCUGGAAAACGCUCGCCUUCGUCGCCGGUUCCCAUGUCACCAGAGGAGUUCCAGCAAGCCUCUUUCCCACAAGCCGCUGAGCCCGCCACCACAGAUGACGAGAACUUCUACAAGAUGACGUCUCCCACGGACUCUCAUCGAAGCGGCAUUUCUCAAAUGUCGGCUGGGAAACAGUCUCGGCGGCAAGCGGAUGAGAAAGCGGCGAGAAUUGGUAGCUUGGCACCAAUUGACGUUAGCAGCACCCGCGGCAGGAGUCAAGGUCGCGAUGCAUCAUCGGCACCUCGUUCGCCAUCUCUGCCGGUAUUGUCUUCCAAACGCUUCGGGGAAGAGGACGACGAGACAAAGAGUGAUGGUCAUGGCCUUCGCUUUAGAGCUCGUGGCUCAAGCCGACAACCUGGUGGGGAUGCACUGCAAGAUCGCAGGCAUGCCAGUCGGGAUCAACGUGAGCGAUCAAGCAGUCGCGGACCCAGCGCUGCGAAUGCUGUUGGCUCGGAAGUGUCGCACAAUGAUGCCGAACCUGGAGCGUACAUGCCUUCGGAGGCAACGACUUCCAGGACUCCAGAACCAAGGGCUCGCACGCUCACUCGCAAGCAAAUUGCUGCACAAGAAUUGGAGGCAAGGCGUCGUUCCCUCGCAAGAAGACCAUCUGCUCCAGCGAUUCCUCUCCCUGGCGACCUUCCUAGCGGUGGUAGACCACCGAUGGCCUCUCGAUCGCACACUGAACUUGGAGAUAGUCCGACGUCUUAUCAACCUCCACUAUCACGAAGCCAGACGGUCGACCCGGAAGCGAUGUCGCGCUACGGCAACUACGGUAGCAGAAUCACCGGAACGUCCACUCCGUCUGCACCAAUCGGCCUUCCUGCGACACCCAGAGCCAUGAGGCAUCCGCGCUACAUGAGUGCCGAUCCGAAUGAGCGAGAGGGUGGUGCUCCUCCUGUGCCGGAUAUUCCUGGAAAGUUCAGUGAGCUGUCUUCGCUGGGCAGCAGCCUGAGUCAAGUCACGGGCUCUAGUCUGAGCCAAGCAUCUUCUCUCCAGUCCUCCGGCUUGCAUUACUCUACCAUGUCGUCGGAUGUCGCUCGUUCUGCCCUCUCCGAGAACAGCGAUUCAGUCGGACCACUCUUGCCUUCAACCGUAUUCGGACAGAAGACUCCACAAGGACCACAGCGAUCGGCUUCAGCUCCGCCCGAAAAGCAGUCCAUGCUUGGAAGUUCUUCGUAUCAACCUGCCGCUUCUCAAUCUUCUCGCCGCCUCUCCGGAGGUCGCGGUCACAUCCGCAAGAUUUCGCCACCAGAUGUUGGGCGACUGCGGGAGGAUCCAAUGCCGGCCAGCAUAGAUGCGGCUCUUCACAGCGAAGACCACAUCGUGAUCGUUCCAGAGGCGCCACCGAUGCUGCUUCCGGAGUUACAGCAUCUGGCCGGGCCGCCUCCACCACCUCCGCCGCCAACCAUGUAUCAGCCGGCGCGAGGUAACGUGGGCGACAUCCAAAUCGCGAUCGAAGAUGAUGACACCACGAAUGCAAUAGACCCUCGAGGACCAAUGUUGCCAAUGCCCAUGGUUCGAGCAGCCACAGCUGAGCCCUCCCUUCAGCAUCGAAGGAAUCAACCCAGCGGCGAUGGCUUCGGCGCUCGGUUCCGUGGAUUCGGCGAUCGCAUGCGCAGUGGCUCAAAGAGUCGCGCCAAAUCGCCACCAGUCGACUACAAACCCUCCGGACCCAACCCAUACGAGACGGUGCUCCCGCCAAUGCCCAUGCAGCGAGGCCAUCUGCGUCGAGAGAGCAUGACCGAGCGAGCGAAAUCCCCCUACGAACAAGCCAUGGCAGCCCAGAGCGUCGAUCAGAUUCCAGUGCCGCCUCCCCCGCCGCCGGCUCCAAUGCACGGCUCCGACUUUCGUCUGAACGAAACGACCAUUCCUCCGUUCACUUUGCCGAGCCGUAGCCAGAGUAGCACCGGCUACAGGAAUCCCAAGGAGAUCCGCGCCAAUAUGCCGCCGGACACUUUGCAGCAAGGUGUUUACCACGGAGCGCAAGGCGGCUUCCUGUGAGGGGUAUCGUACAACGGCUGCCAUAUCCGGAGAAGACAUCCUCCCUCACGACCUUGAUGACCAUAAUAGUAGUACAUAUCCACAUCAUCUUCUUCCAGCCCUGAGCUGUUCAGCGAUGACAUUUUGCGG